AUGCAACACAAUUAUAAGACCAGCAAUGUUUUCCCGAGCGAGAAUGAACCAUCUCUAGCUUUCUUCCUGCCCUACAAUUACACAGCUUUAUCCAGCGGUGCGCUUCACCCUGCCCCGCACUGCAACCACGAACCCUUUGUUGGUGCGGACUCCAACAACCGCCAUUCGAUUGUCGUCCUCUUCCUCCAAUUCCUCUGCUCCCGGCGUACAAACACUCAUCGCGCUUGCCCGGAACCGCCGCACGAUCUACAACUCGGCCGCGACCACUCUGUGCCUGAUGCCAAGAUCGAGGUGCUCGUGCAGCAGGCCAUCCUGCACGUCCCAAGCGCCUUCAACACGCAGUCUACCCGGCUUGUGGUGAUGUUGCACCAGGAGCAUGAGCGUUGGUGGGAUAUCGUAAUAGGCGUGUUCCAGAAUCUGGUCAAGACGGGCGCAGUACCUGAGCGGGUGUGGAAGAAUCAGACCUUGCCUAAGCUAAAAGGAUUCAAGGCCGCGGUAGGCACGAUUCUUUUCUAUGAGGAUCCAGCGCACAUCGAGCCGUAUUCAGAGAAGUUUUCUCUCUACAAAGAUCAAUUUGAGCCGUGGGCGCAGCAUUCAAAUGCGAUGCAUCAGUACUUUUCACUUGGGUUCGGCGCCAACCUGCAGCACUACAACCCGCUGAUCGAUAUGCCCGUGGCCGAGGCAUGGAAUGUGCCCAAGGGGUGGAAGCUCGGUGCGCAAUUGGUUUUUGGAAGCCCGGAGGGGUCUCCAGGAUCGAAAGAGCAGAAACCUGUUGAAGAACGGGUUACGAUCUUUGGAAAAUCAUAG